UUUAGGGGGAGUCCUCCUCCCCAUAAAACUAGGGAAGAGUGUGAGAAAAACCUGUUAAUCCCUCAACAGCUGCUGGAGAUGCCUGAGGGCCCAUCAGUGAGGACGUUCCAGAUGCUGACCUCCCCUUUUGUGGGACAAGUGGUGGCCAAGGUGGGGGGAAGCAGCCGGAAGAUCAGCGUGAAUGACCUGAAUGCCCUGAGGCUCCAGGACUCCCAGGUUCAUGGGAAGAACUUGUACCUGGCAUUUGUGGCAGCUGAAGGUCCCUCAGGACCAACUGCAGAAGAGACGGUGCUGCCGAAAGAGGCUGCUCCUGUCCAGGGAGGGCAAGAACAGGUGUGUGCUCCACAUCCCCAUCCCCAGGAUGAGGAGCUGCAGGAACUCCAGCACUCGAGGUCAGAAGGUCCAGGCAAAUGGCUGCGCUUCCACUUUGGUUUGUUCGGCAGCGUCCGGGCAAACGAGUUCUCCAGAGCAAACAGAGCCAAUAGAAGGGGGGACUGGAAGGACCCUGUACCCAGACUGAUUCUCCACUUCGAGAGUGGAGGCUUCCUCACUUUCUACAACUGCAGAAUGCACUGGUGCUCCUCUCCAGUGGCUGAUCCUGCUUCUGACAUCCUUUCCAUGGAGUUCCACCGUGGCCGGGCACUGGACGCCCUCUGUGGACCCAAUCCCAUCUGCUACACCCUCUUAGACCAAAGAUACUUUUCAGGGCUGGGGAACAUCAUUAAGAAUGAGAUUUUGUACCUGGCCAAGAUCCACCCGCUAACACAAGGCUCUCUCUUGGCUCCCUCGGAUCUGGAGCGUCUGCUGGACUGUGCCCUUCAGUUCAGCUCUGACUGGCUGCACCACAAGCUCCGUGGCCAAGGGCUGCACCCCCAGAUCUACCAGAGGGAGCAGUGUCCCCUCGGCCAUCCAGUGAUGAAGGGAACUUUUGGACCACUGGGUGGCUUUAAGAGACUUACGUGGUGGUGUCCUCAGUGCCAGCCUGAGGUGCUGCCAGGGGAUGGGGAUCCUUCCCCAGUCACAGAGUGACCUGGCUUCGCAUUCCUCCUUCCCUGGAGGGGUGGUAGGUGAUGU